GAAGAAAAACGAAAAAAAAAAAAAAACAGCAAAAAGAAAUAAUCGACAAAGAGAACAAAAUAUUUUUUUCCUUCUGCCAAAUAGAAACAAUUAAAAAAAUUUAGUUUAAUCAUUCUAAGAUUAUACCAGCUGUAUCAUUACUGUAAUUUUGUUGUACGAGAGGGAACAGUUUCAAUUUGUCUAAACAGAAACCAACUAAGGUGAGAACUGACCUAUACAAUCUAACGAAAAAUGGCAUCCAAACAGGUCUCCGAAUGCAAAACAGAUUCUUCAGAUCCAAAACUUUUAAGAAGUGCCAGCUUACACGAACUACCAAUGCCAACAAAAUGCUUCCGACGAAGCAUGAGUGAAUUUUAUGAGACAUUUCGAAACAAAUCUGCUCGAAAGAUUACUAUGGAAGACAUCAUUGCCGCCAGAAGUAUUCUUGAAAACAGCAUUAAAAAGACUCCAUGUCUCCGAUCCAAGAUGUCUUCCCAAUUUGGAAUGGAACUUUACUUGAAAAACGAAGCUAUGCAAACAACAGGAAGCUUCAAAGACCGUGGUGCUAGAUAUACGUUACUGAAAUUAACAAAGGAAGAACGGAUAAAUGGAGUUGUUGCUGCAAGUCUUGGUAAUCAUGCGAUAGCCUUGGCCUACCACGGAUAUGAUCUCGGAAUCCCAAUAACACUUAUCAUGCCUCUCAUUACACCAACAAUGAAGAUCAAAGCGUGCCAGAACUACAACGCCAACAUAAUUAUGGAAGGAUAUCAAUUAGCAGAGAUAUAUAAUUUUAUCAUGUGUCUACGUAUCCCUUUAAGUGUGUUUCUUUUCUGUUUGUUGUUCAUUCCAUUAUACAGAUACGAUCAUCCUGAUAUGGUAGCCGGUGCCGGAACAAUGGGUCUUGAAAUUGUGGAGCAAAUUCCAGAUUUAGAUGCUUGCAUCAUACCGGUCGGUGGAGGAGGGUUAAUCGCUGGCUGUGCUGUGGCAAUCAAGUUCCUUGUACCAACUUGCAAAAUUAUUGGUGUAGAGGCAGAAGCGUGCGCCAAUUACACAGCAGCAGUAAAAAGUGGUACACCUACCUAUACUAAUCCGAAUCCAAGCCUGGCUGAAGGUUUGUCUAUACCAAUGGUCGGUUCCAAUUCGUUUGCGACGGCAGCCAAAUAUGUCGACAAAAUUGUUACUGUGAGAGAAGAUAGCAUUGCAUUGGCAAUUCUGAGACUUGUGGAACAAGAGAAAUCCAUCAUUGAGGGAGCUGGUGCUGUUGGAUUAGCCGCACUCUUGGAAGAUUCCUGUCCUGAGCUCCAAGGUAAAAAAGUGGUUGUAACAUUAUGUGGUGGAAACAUCGAUACUCCCGCGUUGGGAAAGGUUCUUGACCGUGGUCUUGUGGCUGAUAAACGUCUCAUAAAAUUCGUUGCUGUUAUUAGCGAUAAACCUGGAGGAUUAUCAGAUUUUACCACAUUAAUCUCUUCAAUCGGCAUCACUAUCAAGGAUAUCUUUCAUGAACGAGCAUGGUUGAAUGGUGAUGUAUUUUCCGUCAAGGUAAGAACAGAAUUAUUACAAAACCAAUAA